AUCGAUAAACUCAUAAAGACUAUACUAGUUCUGGAUCCAGGGGAGGGCUGGGCCGUGGCCCGGGGUGGCCACCCCCUGGAUCCGCCACUGGGGCUAGCAAAUCCCGUUACAGUCAUUUGGGAUUGCGAAAUAUCCAUGCUGCCCACAAACAAAACAAAGCUAACACUUAAGGACAUGUACGCAGUCACCAACAUACUACUGUGUACUCCAUAACACGCUCCCUCAAGCGGAGGCAUGAAUAUCAUGAAGGACAAGUUUGGAGUUCAGGAAAUGAAACUGCUCCGCACCAAGCCCUUUCGUAAACAUAUCGGCAACUUGUUCUUGAGACGAUAUCUUCUGAGGAGCGAUAUCACUAGAUGUCGCUCGCUCCCGUAUGAAGUAGCAGUCCAUUUCAACGUGCUUUGUGCGCUCAUAAAAAACAGGGUUGGCGGCUAUAUGCGGGCCACUUGGUUGUCACAAUACAAUGGCGUCGAAUCCGGGUUGGAGACACCCAACUCGCUAAGCAACCACCAGAGCCAAAUGAGCUCACUAACAGUACUCGCCAUGGCUCGAUACUCUGCUUCAGAGGAUGAACGAGCAACAACGAACUACUUCUUCGUACGCCAAAAAAUAGGACUGUCACCUAGUCGUAGGAAGUAUCCCGUAGUGGAGCGACGCGUACGCUGACAGCCUCCCCAAUCGGCAUCACAAUAAGCAGUUAAACUAAGUGAAACUGUGGAAGAAAACCGGAGACCACGUCCGGGAGCACCCUUGAGGUAGCGAAGCACUCUGUAGGCGUGUCUUCGUGUUCCUGGCGGGGUGAAUGAACCGACUGACUUAAAAUGUUCACCGCAUAGACAAUGUCUGGUCUCGUAACAGUCAAAUACUAUAACCGCCCGACGAGGCGACGGAAACCAAAUGGAUCUUUGGCUGCAGGGCCUUCAAUCCUGGUGAGGCGGUGGUUCUGGAAAGGCAGAGGGUUUAGCAGCGAGUGCCCCCAGCAUCCUUCAAGAUGUUAAGGGUAUAUUUGCGCUAAGACAGCACCAAACCACGUCUAGCUCGAGCCACCUCAAUGCCAAAAAAUACUUCAAUGUGCCCAAGCCCUUAAUGCUGAACCGGUCGUGAAGAAAACAUUUGGCCAUAUAUGAAUUUGCGAAGAUGGCAAACCCGAGUGUCCCCCGGUCGAGCAAAACCCAGAGGAAGCUUCAUGUACACUUCUUCAUGAAGAUCAUCAUGGAGAAAGGCGGUGUUGACGUCCAUUUGAUGAAGAUGCCAACCACGAUGGGCAGCAACCGCGAGGAUAGUACGCACGGUCACCAACUUGGCAACAGGGGCAAAAGUGUCGUUAUAGUCCACGCCUUCAAACUGAGUAAAACCCUUUGCGAAUAAACGCUCCUUAUAGCGCUCAACACUGCCGUCGGGGUGAAACUUAAUUUUGUAGACCCACUUACAAGCAACAUCUUUCUUCCCAGGAGGUAACUCGACCAAGUCUCAAGUGCCAUUCGCCUCCAAAGCUGCAAUUUCACGUUGCAUAGCUUCAUGCCAACAGGCGAGCUUGACUGCAUCGUGAAAAAACUGGGGUUCGACAGCCGCAUCUACCGCUGCCAAAAAAAACAUGAUGAUUAGGAGAAAGACGCUCAAAUGUGACAUACGCAAAGAGAGGAUACUUCACAAUAGUAGUAGUGUGAGAAGUAGGGAAAUGAGUUUCAUAACCUUGAAGACGAACGGAAGGUUUUCGGAUUCGAUCACUGUGACGAGGAGCAACGGGAACAGUUGGAGGCUAGUCCAGGGGCGGCGGAGUGGGCGACAAAGGAGCAGCUGGGGAGGACGACGUGGAGGAGUCCUCAUUAUUGCCCGGGGCAGGAAUGGGUGCUAGCCAAGGAUUGAAAAGCAUGGACCAGGAAAUCGGAUCGUACCGGUUGGUUCAACCAGGAACCAGACCAAAAACGAAACGAUAGGCUGUUAGGGGACUUUUUACCUUGUCGGCCGGUUUUUUCGGGUUAACCGGCACAAAGCGAGAAACCGCCCGGUUUUGUUCUAACCGGCGGUAUCUAUAUCCAAUAAAAAAUGUUGACGUUC